AUGAUUGUCACUCUUGGACGAGGCGUUCGUCCACGGGCUUUGCAUAUUUGGACGCGCCGGUACUCGAACGGAAUAGAGGGAGUUACGUAUAACAACGUAUUUUAUCCUCCAGACGAGUAUACAAAUAUCCGGUCGUCCAUUUUAUCGCACCUUGGACGCAACAUCUAUCUUCAAAAGGACCACCCAAUAGCCAUAGUCCGGUCACUUAUAGAAAAGCACUUUGGGUCCUCCUUUGUCCCUAUAACUGCGCUACCCCCAAUCGUUAGCCCACAGCAAAAUUUUGAUGAACUCGAGUUCCCUCUGGACCAUCCUGGAAGGCGACCAUCGGACUCGUACUAUCUCAACAAGGACUGGAUGCUGCGGACCCAUACGAGUGCGCAUGAAGUGCAAGUCUUUAGAAGCGGGAUUCCGAAGUGGCUACUCUCUGCCGACGUAUACCGUCGCGACGAGAUUGAUAGAAGCCAUUAUCCAGUAUUCCAUCAAAUGGAGGGUGCCCGGGUGGUAGAGCCGUCAGAAAUGGAGGACCUGCGCAAGGAAAAUGACGAGCUAGCUCAAUCGUUAGCCGCGGUCAAUAUCCAAGUCGAGGACGUUUCGACUAUCGGUGAGAAGAACCCAUAUCAGCCAUGGCAUAAUCCGGACCAUGCCAAACUUGUCAACGACAACUUAAAGCAUUCGCUCAACGGAAUGAUUUACGCCCUUUUUGGUGGAUUGGCUACACACAAGGGCAAAGGCCCACUUCAAGUUCGUUGGAUAGAUGCUUACUUUCCGUGGACGUCUCCUUCGUACGAAGUCGAGGUUCUCUUUGAUGGAAAGUGGCUGGAGAUUCUUGGUUGCGGUGUCAUGCAGCAAGCUGCUCUGACGAGAUCAAGUGUUCCCAAGGAUAAUGUUGGAUGGGCCUUUGGACUUGGUCUCGAGCGAAUAGCCAUGGUCCUUUUCCAGGUCCCAGACAUUCGGUUGUUCUGGUCUAAAGAUGCUCGCUUCCUCGAACAGUUCAGUGAUGGGACGGUCACACAAUUCAAGCCGUUCUCCAAGUACCCGAGCUCAAGCAAAGACGUUAGCUUUUGGCUCGGUGAACGAGAGGUGCAUGAAAACGAUGUCUAUGAUAUCGUUCGUGAGGUUGCUGGAGGUCUUGUCGAGGAGGUUGACAGGUUCACUCAUCCCAAGACUGGAAAGUCGAGUAGAGCUUAUAGAGUGACAUAUCGCUCGAUGGAACGCACAUUGACGGGAGAGGAGGUCAACACGUUACACAACGAUCUUGGAUUGAAGUUGAUAGAAGCAUUCAAUGUACAGUUGCGAUAA